AUGUCGUCUGAAAAUGACCCAAUAAAGCUGAAACUCCAGGGCACACCCCGAGAGAUUGGAUUACAACAUGGUCGCGCAUUGCGUGAACAGAUUCACAGCCAGAUAUCUAUCUACGACACCAUGUUCCAACACACCUCAAAUUUAGCCUGGGCAGAUGUUCGCGAAGUCGCAACUGAAUUCCAGCCCACGCUCCAGAGCCUAACGCCUCAUUUGUUGACAGAGAUGGAGGGUAUUGCAGAGGGUGCCGGGCUAGAUAUUCUGGAUAUAAUCGCUCUCAACUGCCGAAGCGAGAUAGCGCUAGGACGAUUUUCCGAUGGCUGCACGUCACUAUGCUGGAAGAAAAGCGAGACGACACGAGUGCUCUCGCAAAACUGGGACUGGACGGCGACUGUUAAGAAGAACCUAGCAAUGGUGUCUAUUGAGCAAGUUGGAAAACCGACUAUCUAUAUGGUUACCGAGGCAGGGAUCGUCGGCAAGAUUGGAUUCAAUACCAAUGGCGUCGGAACUUGUCUUAAUGCAAUUCGCGCCAAACCGAUGACUAGUAGCAAGGUUCCAAUCCAUGUUGCGCUUCGGUUGUGUUUGGAGAGUACUUCUGUCGAGAACGCCGUGAAGACGCUUGAAUCUCUCGGUGGUGUCGCUUCUGCCCAGCAUAUCCUUUGCGCGGACAGUACCAAAGCCCUGGGGCUUGAGCUAUCGCCGGUGGGUGACAAGCAUAUCUCCGAGGAUGCAUCGGGGAUUAUCGGCCAUACCAAUCACUUCAUUGAGAAUCGAUAUGUGAAUGAGCCGCCGUGGCUGUCCGGAUCACCUAUCCGGCUUAAGCGGCUAGGGGAACUAACACAGGAGUUGAUUCAGGGCGGUGUUCAGGGCGAUGCUAUUACCCCUACUUUACUGCGGGAACGUGUCUUCUCUGAUACGUAUAAUCAGCCGCAGUCAAUAUGUUGCCAGGAGGAUCCGUCGCGCCAUAUCUCGAAUAGAAGUAGUACUUUGUUCAACAUUGUUAUGAACUUGGACCCGAAGAACCUGGGGGCGGAGGUGGUCUUUGGCCGGGUUGGGUCUGGAGAGGAAGGUAUCGACACCAUGUCUAAGUGCAUUUCCCACGGUACGUACGCAGAGGAGCGUCAAUUCCUCAUGACCACGCUGUAUACUCAUAUUCCCAUGCUGAGGGAUGCCGCCGAUGGGGGUGUGACGAUGGUCAUUAAUUCUCUGAAAUAUCUCGUUUCACGAAUUGCUGGCCUGCGACUGGCCGGACAGGCUUGUUUUAAGGGCGAUCGCUCUCGCUGGACAGCCAAGUGUGAAAAGCUCACUGGGCAGUUGACAUGUUUUAUAGAUACUCUCGAGGAGGACCACAGCAACGCCCCCAGAGUCGCCAACGAUAUUGAAAAUAUGAUGCUCUUUUUGGUAUUUUGUUUUCCUAAGGAUCCUGAGGGCAAAGCUCGAAGAGAACGAAGUGCUGCCCCGUCGCCUGAACCUAGGGGUUGA